GUUUUCUCCCGGGCUGGGCUGACGGCCGCGGCCGGGAACUUCGGGAGCGUGCGGGCGCCAGUGGCCGUUCGGGGGCUGGCAGGCAAGGAAGAUAAUUGUGCUGUUAUCCAGUUGUCAUAGUUGAUUUCACUCUACAAAUCUUCAAGAUUCCUACUGGAGUGAAAGUGUCAGUUGUGAUAAUGACAACUGAAGUUGGUUCAGAGACUGAAGUAAAGAAAGAUUCUGAGCAGCUGGGACCGGAUAAAGCCAAGGACAAGCCUGAAGAAGCAUCAGAAACUCCGGGAGAUCAAAAGUCCAGGGAAGCCUCCCCUGGAGAAGCUCAAGAUUCUUCUGUCCCAGCACCAACUAGCCAAAGUAGUCCAAGUAGCCAGAAGAAGGAAAAAUCUUCACCUGAAAGCAAGGGUAUUUCUCGUUUCCUUCCCCCUUGGCUUAAGAAACAAAAGUCAUAUACCUUGGCAGAGCCCAAAGAUGAGCCCAAGAAAAGGGCCACAGGUGAAGAGCAAGUAGUUGAAGAAAGUGAAAGCCAGGCUCAGCCAAGAAAGAGCUUGGAAGAAGCAGCUGAAAACCAGGAGAAUGCUAAAGCAGAUGACAAAGAAAAACACUCCAUUAGUAGUGCUGAAAUACAGCCUUCCAAAGAAGAUGGUAAAGAAACAGAAGUAGAGGAAGUUGCAGAGAAAAAGGAAGAAAAACAAGAAGAAAAAGAAAAUAGGGAGACAAAAGAAGUGCAGACAGCUGAAAUUAAAAUAGAUAAUGUUCCUCAGAAGUCUCCGAAGAAAAUCAAAACUGUGCAGUGUAAGGUGAUGCUUCUGGAUGGCACGGAAUACAGCUGUGACCUGGAGAAAAGAGCAAAAGGACAAGUGCUGUUUGAUAAAGUAUGUGAACACCUCAAUUUACUGGAAAAGGACUAUUUUGGGCUGCUGUUUUAUGAGAAUUCAGAACAGAAGAACUGGCUAGAUUCUUCGAAGGAAAUUAAGAGACAAAUUCGAAGUUUACCUUGGAUAUUCACCUUUAAUGUGAAGUUUUAUCCUCCCGAUCCAUCACAGUUGACUGAAGACAUCACUAGGUAUUUCUUGUGCCUACAGCUUCGUCAGGAUAUUGCAUCUGGUCGCCUGCCGUGUUCUUUUGUGACUCACGCCCUCCUUGGUUCAUAUACCCUGCAGGCUGAGCUGGGUGAUCAUGACCCAGAAGAGCACCGCAGUGAUUAUAUCAGUGAAUUCCAGUUUGCACCCAAUCAGACACAAGAAAUGGAAGAGAAAGUGGCUGAGCUACACAAGACACACAGGGGCUUGACUCCAGCACAGGCGGAUUCCCAGUUCCUAGAAAAUGCUAAGAGACUCUCCAUGUAUGGAGUGGAUUUACAUCAUGCCAAGGAUUCUGAAGGUGUGGAUAUCAUGCUGGGUGUAUGUGCUAAUGGUCUGCUGAUUUACAAAGACAGACUUCGGAUCAACCGCUUCGCUUGGCCAAAAAUUCUGAAGAUUUCCUACAAGCGAAGUAAUUUCUACAUCAAAGUCAGGCCAGCAGAACUGGAACAGUUUGAGAGCACUAUUGGGUUCAAACUGCCAAACCAUCGGGCUGCUAAAAGGUUAUGGAAGGUUUGUGUGGAGCACCAUACUUUCUUCAGACUUGUAUCACCAGAACAGCCUCCAAAAGCAAAGUUCCUGACCUUGGGCUCCAAGUUCCGCUACAGUGGCCGUACACAGGCACAGACACGACAGGCCAGCAACCUCAUAGACAGACCAGCUCCGUACUUCGAACGCACUUCCAGCAAACGUGUUUCCAGAAGCCUUGAUGGAGCUCCCAUGGGUGUUUCUGACCAAAGUCUUCUAAGAGACUUCUCUGCUGCUGGAGGGCGGGCUGCUGGGGAUAAAAUCAUUGAUCUUGAAGCUACCGGUCAGGACAAGUUAAAAGAAGGUGGCAGAGAAGAAGAUGAAAGUCCACUCAAAACUCCACAAUUAGAAUUGACUCAGGAUGGAAAGAAUUUUUUUCUUCAGCUCACUCACAUACACCCGUCAUCACUGCCCAUCCAUUCUGUGUCAUCCCAUCUCACAAACUUGUCUCCCGUCCCUGAGAUUGACAUGCUCUCAGAUAUUUCAGAGGAAGAUCCCUUUGAAGAGCCCUCCCUUACCAUUCCAGACAUUUCAGAGUGCAAUUCCAUGGAACAAACAUCAGAUCAUAAUAAAACCAGAACAACUUCACCUAUUAAUACCUUUGAAUCUGUGAGACCCCUAGCUAGUCGAGGCUCCCCUGCUGUUGAGGGAAGAAUCCAUACAAAUGACUACAAAAGCACUGAGUUGUGCGUCUCAUUCAGCUUCUUCAGAUGCCUUUCUUUUAGUUUCCGUUCGCUGCUUGAUGAGGAUGGCUAUAUUACUUUUCCUAGCCUUCCUGAUGUUUGCAUUUCUUUCCUCCCUCCUGGCCUUCAGCACUAUAUUCCUAUUACCUCUCCUUCCUUCAUCCCCUCUUUUCUCCUUGUCUUUGUCCUGCUUCUGUCUGCCUUCCAGUCUAUUCCUUUUUCACUCACAUUUUCCCUUCCUCUCGCUCUGUCCCUCUGCUACCUGGAGCCAAAGGUGACUUCCUUUAGUAGCUCUAAUGGCAAUGACCUGAAUGACAAAGCAGAGGAAGAGGAGGUGGAACAUGAAGAGGAGGAAGCACAGCAGAAGAUCAGUUCCUUGAGAGUAGACGGGGAAAAUAUUUAUGUCAGACAUAGCAAUUUAAUGUUGGAGGACCUGGAUAAGACCCAGGACGACUUACUGAAACACCAGGCUAGCAUUAGUGAGCUCAAGCGCAAUUUCAUGGAGUCCACACCUGAACCACGCCCAAAUGAGUGGGAAAAGCGGCGUAUCACACCUCUGUCCCUACAGACACAAGGGAAAAAAGGAGACCACAUUUUCCAAGUGAAAACACUGCCUGGGAAGGAGAAACAAUGGAUUGCAAUGCCACGGAUUGCUGGAGCAAAACCAGAGGAAACCGAUAAGAGCCUGGAAGAGGAGAUAACCUCCAUUUUGUUUAGUAAGGAGCGCUUCGGCGCCGGCACCAGCGGGCCCUUCGCCGCCGCCAGCCCGGGGCCAGCAGAGGGCGCUGCGGGGGAGCAGACGGGCGCCGCCGCGCCGGGGCCCCAGAGACAUGCUUCCAGAACAGAAGGGCCUUGUACUGGAGUCAGCGAUGCUGAUAAGAGUUCACAUGAGACUCUGGACAUAGUGGAGGAGAAGAAGCAGGCAGAGUUUGGGAUAGAAGAAACACUAGUCGUAGACGAAACCAACAAAGGGAAAAUGCAAGUUGCCACUGAUGCUGGGGAGACAUGUAAGGUGGAGCACGUGUCAAAAAAGGACUCUUCAUCAUUGCCAUCAGAUAGUAGCAGCAGCAGCAGUAGUAGUGAGAGUGAGGAUGAAGAGGUGGGAGAAUACCUGCCACAUCAUAGGGCAAUUGAGGAGGUCAUCAGGGAAGAACAGGAAGAAGAGGAAGACAUGAAAAGGAAAGAACAUGAAGAAAAUACACAGCGUGUGGAAGCGAUACCAGAAGGCAGCAAAUUAAAUGUACCAGUUGAGCACACACAAGUUACAGCUGAAGAUUUGGUCCAGGAAAACACAGUUACUGUAGCUGCAGAAGAGAAGAAUUUGUCAGAGCAAAUUAAGCAAGAUUUAGGUGAAGAAAAAGAGGAGGAACAGCUGAAACUCAAUGGAGAUGUGUCUCAUGUUGACAUUGAUGUUGCACCACAAUUAAUUUGUUGUUCUGAGCCUCCAGUAGUGAAAACAGAGAUGGUAACCAUUUCAGAUGCCACGCAGAGAACUGAAAUCUCCACUAAAGAAAUUCCAAUUGUUCAAACAGAAACUAAAACUAUCACAUAUGAAUCUUCACAGCUUGAUGGCAAUGCUGGUGGUGAUACCGGCGUGCUGGUGAGUGCGCAGACAAUUACAUCAGAGUCCAUUUCUACUACCACAACUACACACAUCACAAAGAUGGUAAAAGGCGGAGUAUCAGAAACAAGAAUUGAGAAGCGCAUUGUUAUUACUGGAGAUGCAGAUAUUGACCAUGAUGAGGCUCUGGCACAGGCAAUCAAAGAAGCCAAAGAACAGCACCCUGACAUGUCUGUGACAAGAGUGGUGGUGCACAAAGAAACUGAACUUGCUGAGGAAGAUGAAGACUAAAAUCAAAAUACCCUCAAGCAAAUACUUCAG